AAACGAUUUGGCAAUUGUGCUAAAGUGGGAACGAGUAGUUCGGUUUGAGAAAGAGUAAAUAAGACGAAAGUGUUAGUUGAAGAUGACUUCAAUGUCAGAAGAGAGAAGAAAAGAGAUGGAAGAAGAGAUGAACAGGUUUGAGCAAGAAAUUGCUUUUCCUGGUGAUCCUUCUCAUCCAAGAAAUAGUCCUCUUUCAAAUGUGCCAGAAUCUAACACAGAUAAUUCAAAUAUUGAUAAUAAUGAAAUAAUUGAAGUAUGUGCUGAACCAUCCAUUACACCUCCUCCAGCUGUUGUAAAUGAAAAUGAAUUAGUUCCUUUAACUGCUAAAGCACCUCCACCACCACAAGACUCUCAAAUGAAUCAUCCUCAGUUUAUUCCUCAUCAACUACAACGUGGUCCUCCUCCAUCCCAUCCUUCAUUUAGACCUUUUGGUGGUAUGAGAGGACCCCCAGGACCUCCUGGUCCUCCAGGUAUGCAUGGACAUCAUGGUCCACAAGGAAUGCAAAGACCUCCUCCUGUAAUGAUGAGACCAAUGCACUCUAAUAUGCCAGGUCCUGGUCCAAUGCAACCUCCAAUGGGGCCAAUGGGACCUGGACCCAUGGGAAGUGGGCCAAUGAAUAUGAAUAUGCAUCAUAGUGGUGGUCCAAUGAAUAUGGGAAUGCAUCCAGGACCUAUGCCACCAAUGGGACCAAAUUAUUCUAAUCCAAUGUCAGGUCCAAUACAUCCUGCAAUGUCACAACCAAUGCCUCAUAAUUUUAAUAAUGGAGUGAAUAGUUCACCACCAGUAACUACACAAUUGCCAUCAUCAUUAAAUUCAUCUGCCAUAAUGUCAUCACCUGCUAUUUAUGCGGCUCCUCCAAUGAAAAGCCUUCAUACAGAUAAAAUGGGUAAUGGUAGAACAAUGGAAUCAUCGUCUGGACUCAAUAUUUCUACCUCGCAAAAAAUAGACAGACAUCAUGCAGGAAAAAGUUCUGAUGAUCAUUCAAAUCAGUUAUAUUUUGGAGGAACAGAAGAAAUGAUUUUUUCAAAGAAAAGAGAAAAGAAAAGAAAAGUAGUAAGAAUGGCAGGUGGCCAAGUAUGGGAAGAUAAUUCACUUCAUGAAUGGGAAGGUGAUGAUUUCAGAAUAUUUUGUGGAGACUUAGGAAAUGAUGUCACAGAUGAAGUAUUGACAAGAGCUUUUAGCAAGUUUGGAUCAUUUAUAAAAGCAAAAGUGAUUAGAGAUAAACGAACAAACAAGACAAAAGGAUUUGGUUUUGUUAGUUUUAAAGAUCCUCAAGAUUUCAUUAAAGCAAUGAGAGAAAUGAAUGGUAAGAGAAAAAAUAAUUUUAAUUUAUAAAUUUUUGUACAUUGU